AAAAAAUGGCAGCUUGGUUUCAUCCAUGACUAAGAGUGCUCUAUCUUCUCACAUUGGUAAAGUUUACAUUUGGACAAGCAUGCAAUAGCGUCACUUAUAAUACCUGAGCUCCCUGUUUUACUAAUUCUGCCUGUGUUUGGCAACAAGGAGGAUGAACAGAUGACAGAUCUAACGGUUUGCUUACUGACUCCUAUAACCAAGCAUCUAAUUAUGCUCAGUGUAAUAGUGCUGUAGAGAGUGGGAAUAUUACUCUGUCUUCAAUCCAAGGGGAGACUCUGGAGCUUUCUACAAAAUCAGGUACAUCAGCAAACCACAUUUGUGAGUGGAUAAUUUUGAUUGAGCAAGGCAAGAGUGUAGAAAUAACAGCAACAAGAUCUACGAAUAGAGAUGAAGAAAUGGUUAUUCAAUAUGUUCAGAGUAAUGGGACCACUACUAUCGCCAGCAAUAGUAUUGGGACAUGCACUUCAAGUAACUACAACACUACAAUCAAUGCUAACGUCACCUCUGUAACUAUAAGAACUAAAAUAUUAUCCACAUCCCCUUCCUACACGAUUGUGGUUGUUCAGAGUGGAAUAGAUUCUGGAACCCCUAAUGUUUUAACGAACAACAAAAGAUUAGUUGAAGCUAUUUCCUUCAUCCUGGUUAUCAUCAUAAUAUUCAUUUUGAUAUCUGUGCUGACCUUUGCUCUUUGGCGCAAUUCCAGAACCUGAUUGGGAGGAAAAAGAGGAAACCAAGAGAUAAGGCUCCAGCAAAUUCAAGAUGAAAAUGAAGAAUACGUUGAAAAAUUCAUGUAUAAUAUGACAUCAGGCAGGUAUGAUACCAUGCCAAAGAAUUAUAAGGUUGAGAGAUGUAUUAUAUGCAACUUGAAGUUCUUUGAUGAUGAUAACGUCCAUAUUACUGCUGAGUGUCUUCAUAUGUUCCAUUCCCAUUGUCUUCAGAGCUGGUACAAUAUGAUCUCAAGUACAAGAAAUCUAGCUUGACCAAUGUGAAAUACAUUAUCAAGAGGUCAAGAAGAUGGGUCAUUAAUUGGGAACAGUCAGCCUGGAAGUGGAUCAAACCAAAUUAGUUCUUCAAGUGAUAUGCUUGGCUCAGAGAACAAAUCACACUCCAUUAGUGCUAAAGGUGAUAAUUAAUUUUAACGACCCAUUUUCAAACUGCUAA